AUGGAGAACGGAUCAGUGGUGACAUCAUUCAUAUUGAUGGCAUACACUGAACUGGAAGACCACAGAUAUGUAUACUUCACAGGAUUCUUGCUAUUGUUCAUCCUCAUGGUAUUAUCAAAUGUAAUUCUUAUUACAGUAAUUUACAUUGAGAGAGGUCUACAUGAACCCAUGUAUUUUUUUAUGUGUAAUUUUGCUGUUAAUGGAAUUUAUGGCAGCAUAUCUUUAUUUCCAUCAUUACUUGCUCAUUUAGUGUCUCAUACUUAUGAAAUAUCUCUGGCUGCUUGUCUUUUACAGAUAUUUUGUAUCCACACAUAUGGUUCGGUUGAAUUUACUGCUUUAGCAGUGAUGGGCUAUGACCGGUAUGUUGCUAUUUGUCACCCAUUACACUAUCACCAAUUAAUGUCACAUAGAAAAGUGUGCAUACUUAUUGGAUUGUCCUGGAUUUGUCCUUGUAUUAUUUUUGGACUCUAUUUCAUAUUGACUAUACAGCAUACUUUUUGUGACAGGUUCAUCGAAAAGGUGUAUUGUAUAAAUUUUGAAUUAGUCAAACGGUCUUGUUUUGAGACUUUUUAUCAGAGCAAAGUUGGCUUUAUUGUAACUUGUUUUUUGAUCCUUCCACAGCUGCUUAUGAUACUAUUUUCCUACGUGCAAAUACUCAGAGUCUGCCUGUAUGCUUCUAAGGAAUCUCAGACCAAAGCCAUUCAAAUAUGUACCCCACACCUACUGGCUGUGAUUAACUAUGUGGUGGGAUGCUUAUUUGAAAUUGUCCAGAGUCGCUUCAACAUGAGUCAUGUGCCUUAUAAAGCUCGCAUAUUCAUGUCCCUUUACUUUCUAAUGUUUCCACCCAUAUUUAACCCCAUCAUUUAUGGACUUAGCAUUCAAGCCAUAAGAGUUCAGAUUUCUAAACUGUUUAAUAGUGAACAGUUGCGCCACAGAUGA